AUGCGGGAUCCACAGCACCAGGGCUUGGCCCAGCACACCACGCGUACACCCGACACACCGCACGCACCACAUAAGGCCCAACGGCUCGAAGGACUUGGAUACCCACGGUAUCCACGGUUCAAUAAUCCUUGGAACGUCGCAAGCGACGCGGGCACCGCUAGCGGCACUAGCGGUGCCUACAGUGGUCCAGAACGGUUUGAGCGUAAAGCGCAUUAUACAUGGCGCAGAGGUGGUGGUGGGCCUGUGGGUCCAGCUGACGCCAGGGCCGUGAGCGCGGGGUCUGCUGGAUCUGCCAGUUCGAUGGGUUCAACCAGCAGUUUUACGCUGGACAGUCCGAAGACGUCAGCUCCUGCAUCGCCUUCGACUCCUAGACAAUCGCAUCGUCGCACCAGUGCCAUUUCGUUCGAAGGUUCGUACCCGGACUUCCACGAUCCUUCGCGUGUUAGAGCGUUCAGUGAUCGCGACAACGAUCGCCACGGCGACGGCGACGGCGACGGACUGCCGCCAGAAUCCGUCAUUGCUGAUACGUCGCGCCAGAUCCGUAGAAACUCGGACAUCAAUUUCCAGAAACACAUGAUGGUCAGUCGCAUCUGUCGGCCCGACAAGAAUUACCCAGUUUUUGCGGGUUUCCCCGAGCUCAACGACACAUUACCGACCCCGAUCGAUUUGAAUGCUACGCAUUCAAGUGCAUUACCACAUCCACAAGUUUGUACGGCUCCCAGAAGUUUUCCCAGCCGGCGCACAUCGAUGCCACAGCUUCGAAGAGCAACUUUGCCCACACCCAUCGAAGUAGAGACGGACCAUGCCUGUCAAAAUCAGACCCAUGGAGCUGACGAAUCAAAAUUGCUUAGCUUGAAGGAGUUCCUCAGUGGGGUUGAACCCCCUGAUAUCGAGGCAGCUGCUGGAUCAGAAAAACGCUUGUGA